AUGGACAAGGCGGACAUGGCGAACCAGCCGCGGCAGUCUAUACAGAUAGUCGGCCCGGGGCCGGGCGUCGACCUCUCCGCGGACCAGGGCCCCAACAUCAUCGCCACGGGCAUGGUGCUGUGGGCGGUGGCCGUUGUCGUCGUCAUGCUGCGCGUCUACUGCCGGAGAUUGCAAAAGGCCAAGCUGUGGCUGGACGACUAUCUGAUCCUGGCGGCCGUGGUCAUGACCACGAUUGAAGUCUUUAUCCUCAGCUUAUACCCUACCAGGCAUGGGUUCGGAAAGCACAUCUGGGUCGCGCCGCUCGACUCGGCCAGCGUCUUCCUCAAGUCCCUGUUCGUGUCGGAGCUCUUUUACUUUCUGGCCUUGUCCCUGGUGAAAUGGUCCAUCCUGGCCUUUUACUGGCGCACCUUUGGCAUCCAAAAGUCUGCGCGGGUGCUCAUCUGGAUCAUUGCUGCCAUGGUUCUGUCGUGGUGCGUCGCCAUGACGCUCGUCACCAUAUUCCAGUGCAAGCCCAUCUACGCCUACUGGCAGCGGUACGACCUCCUCAACCCCCUGGAGCGCAAGUCGUACAGCUGCCCCAUCGACGACAAGCAGUUCUGGUACGGAAACGCCAUCCCGACCAUCAUCACCGACGUCUUCAUGCUCCUCAUGCCCAUCCCCUUCAUCUCCAAGCUCCACCUUCGCAUGGGGCAAAAGAUCGGGCUGGUGGGGCUGUUUUCCCUGGGAAUCUUCGUCACCAUCACCUCCGUCAUCCGACUGGCGUACAUCAUCGGCGCGGACCUGACGAGCACGGACGUGACGUGGAAUCUCGUCACCAUUGUCGUGUGGUCGCUUGUCGAGCCCAACGUCAUGAUUGUCUGCGCCUGCCUGCCGUUCCUGAGACCCCUCAUGAUGAAGUGCGCCUCGAGGAGUCGCACGCAGAUCUCCAACACCAAGAUCUCCAACCCCAUCGGGACCAACUCGUCGGCGGCGGACCGCGUCCCGUCCUUGGCCUCGAAACCGGCCGGCCACCCCGAAAAGUACGCCCCCAAGGAGCGCGGCCUCUUCAAGCGGACCAGCGUUGUCGACAUCAGGGCCGGCGCCAAGGGGCAGGAGGCGCAGGCGGGCGACGAUCGCCAGUCGGCGGAGAACUCGUCCCUCGAGGAGGGCAUCAUCAUCACCACGGACAUUCGGCUGUCGCGCGAGCAGAGGGAUCGUUACUGGGACGACGUGGCGUGA